GCUACAUCGGCCGGAGGGUGGCUUAAAACGACCCAUAAGAGAGACAAUCUUCAGCAAAUCGAGCUAAGAGCUGUCGUAGCCUAAAUCAGCAUCAGCCAGAAACUAUUGAAGGAUAUCUGAGCGCGGUUCCCGUUAAGCCCCGAGCCAUCACAGCACCGAAGUUUGCUUAUCAGCUUGCGAAGAUACUGCAGAUGAAGCUAAAUUUCAGAAUGCGGCUUGUGUUAGCUUCAUCCUGGCGGUUGGAUGUUAUCGGCACCAAUUCGUCGCAUGGCGUGAUUGGACAGCUUCAAAGCAAGCAGGUCGACUUUUCCUUGACGCCCCUUUCGGUGCAGCCGGAACGCAUGUCAAUCUACGAUCCGACGAUAGAGAUCGCACGGGGAAAAUUCUAUACAAUGUUUCGCCAUCCCAGAUAUGCGUUGGAACGAAACAUUUUUCUUGCACCCUUUGAGUCCAUGAUCUGGAUCGCUAUCGUGAUUGUUUUGUGCUGCAUCACAGCACUUUUCACCGUCGUGUUUGUUGUAGAACGGCGAACUACUAACGCACUCUCGGUGGCUCUACUGCACUCGCUAGGGAUACUCGCACAGCAACCGGUAGUAGUACCCGGUAGGAUGGCACUUGCCGGGGAAAAGGUACUACUGCUUGCCAUGUUCGGUUGCUGCAUGCUUCUGUUUCAGUACUAUUCGUCGUUCAUCAUCGGUUAUCAGCUGAUCGUACAACCGAAAACUAUCCACACGUUGGAGCAAUUGAUUGCCACUGGGAUGCCCGUUUCGAUCGAAAAUUUGUACUACAAUCGUGACUUUUUCAUGCGAACCAAGGAUCCGAUUGCGAUAGAUCUGUAUCGCAGACGUGUUCUGCCCAACGAGAACGCGUACUUAAACGUAUCCACUGGAAUUGCACUGGUCCGCAAGGGUGGACAUGCUUUCCACUGUGACACGGCUUAUGCGUACACGCAUGUUUUAGAAACGUUCACCGAGCGACAAGUUUGUGACCUGCAGUAUGUGACGCUAUACCCUCAUCGCGUUCUCCAUAUCCCGGUGGCGAAGGGCAGCCCAUUGAAGGAGCUGUUUAAGGGUCAGUUACAGAUCAUACGCGAGUCCGGCAUCUUGGCUUACCAGCAGGCCCGCUACUUUGCCGCGCGUCCCCGUUGCAUCAAGGACAGCCAUCGGACGGAACCCGUGCAACUGUUUGACGUUGUGUCUGCCUUCGUACUGUUGGCCGGUGGAAUGGUUUGCAGUUGUUUUCUGCUCUUGGUUGAGUUGGUAUUUCGGUGGGUUCAGUUACGAUUGCGGAAACAAUGAGUACCGCUCGCCUUUCUCUCGAUGACCUGAAACUUGAUUUUGAGCCUCAAACUUGCUUUGCCCUCGUAUCACAGUAUUCUCAAUUUAAAGUUUUCAGAAUAGAUACACUAUUGCAAUCAGUAGUGCUGAGUUAAAAUCUUAACGCCCUAACAACACAUCAGCCUUUUGGCGCUAACUAUUGUAGAGCAUAGUAGCUGGUUUGAAUCAUAAAUAUCUUCAUCAAUUGAAAUACAAUGUGUCUUUGCUAUGCUUCGAA